AUGUUCCCGGACGCUGAGGGCCCCAGGUGUCUCUGCGCCGCGGGGGACGAGGAGGGGUCAGAGAGGAGCUGCACCGUGACGAGUCUAAAACCAGCCUCAGAUCGGCACGAGUCAUCUUUAGGGUUCUACUACACAGGGGGGGGCGGGUGUUGGGGAGGGGGGGGGCAGGUGUUGGGGAGGAGGGGGGCAGGUGUUGGGGAGGGGGGGGCAGGUGUUGGGGGGAGGGGGGGCAGGUGUUGGGGAGGAGGGGGGGCGGGUGUUGGGGAGGGGGGGGGCAGGUGUUGGGGAGGAGGGGGGCAGGUGUUGGGGAGGGGGGGGCAGGUGUUGGGGGGAGGGGGGGCAGGUGUUGGGGAGGAGGGGCAGGUGUUGGGGAGGAGGGGGGGCAGGUGUUGGGGAGGAGGGGGGGGGCAGGUGUUGGGGAGGAGGGGCAGGUGUUGGGGAGGAGGGGGGCAGGUGUUGGGGAGGAGGGGGGCAGGUGUUGGGGAGGAGGGGCAGGUGUUGGGGAGGAGGGGGGGCAGGUGUUGGGGAGGAGGGGGGCAGGUGUUGGGGAGGAGGGGGGCAGGUGUUGGGGAGGAGGGGGGCAGGUGUUGGGGGGAGGGGGGGCAGGUGUUGGGGAGGGGGGGGGCAGGUGUUGGGGGGAGGGGGGCAGGUGUUGGGGAGGAGGGGGGCAGGUGUUGGGGGGGGGGGGGCAGGUGUUGGGGAGGGGGGGGGGGCAGGUGUUGGGGAGGAGGGGGGCAGGUGUUGGGGGGAGGGGGGGCAGGUGUUGGGGAGGGGGGGGGGGCAGGUGUUGGGGGGAGGGGGGGCAGGUGUUGGGGAGGGGGGGGCAGGUGUUGGGGAGGAGGGGGGCAGGUGUUGGGGAGGGGGGGGGCAGUUGUUGGGGGGAGGGGGGGAAGGUGUUGGGGAGGGGGGGGCAGGUGUUGGGGGGAGGGGGGCAGGUGUUGGGGAGGAGGGGCAGGUGUUGGGGAGGAGGGGGGGCAGGUGUUGGGGAGGAGGGGGGCAGGUGUUGGGGGGAGGGGGGCAGGUGUUGGGGAGGAGGGGGGGCAGGUGUUGGGGAGGAGGGGGGCAGGUGUUGGGGGGAGGGGGUGUUACCUUGGUGAUAUCCGAGUGGCGUCGGGCACAGACCUGGAUCUGAGUGAUCCAGAACUGCUGCUCUUUGGCGUCAGAGGCUGUGGACAGAAGCAGAGACUCUCUCCUCAGACUCUCUCCUCAGACUCUCUCUCCUCAGACUCUCUCCUCAGACUCUCUCCUCAGACUCUCUCCUCAGACUCUCUCCUCAGACUCUCUCCUCAGACUCUCUCUCCUCAGACUCUCUCUCCUCAGACUCUCUCCUCAGACUUUCUCCUCAGACUCUCUCUCCUCAGACUCUCUCUCCUCAGACUCUCUCCUCAGACUCUCUCUCCUCAGACUCCUCAGACUCUCUCCUCAGACUCUCUCCUCAGACUCUCUCCUCAGUCUCUCUCCUCAGACUCUCUCCUCAGUCUCUCUCUCCUCAGACUCUCUCCUCAGACUCUCUCCUCAGACUCUCUCUCCUCAGACUCUCUCCUCAGUCUCUCUCCUCAGUCUCUCUCCUCAGACUCUCUCUCCUCAGACUCUCUCUCCUCAGACUCUCUCUCCUCAGACUCUCUCCUCAGACUCUCUCUCCUCAGACUCUCUCCUCAGACUCUCUCUCCUCAGACUCUCUCCUCAGACUCUCUCUCCUCAGACUCUCUCCUCAGACUCUCUCCUCAGACUCUCUCUCCUCAGACUCUCUCCUCAGACUCUCUCUCCUCAGACUCUCUCCUCAGACUCUCUCUCCUCAGACUCUCUCUCCUCAGACUCUCUCCUCAGACUCUCUCCUCAGACUCUCUCUCCUCAGACUCUCUCUCCUCAGACUCUCUCUCCUCAGACUCUCUCUCCUCAGACUCUCUCCUCAGACUCUCUCUCCUCAGACUCUCUCCUCAGACUCUCUCUCCUCAGACUCUCUCUCCUCAGACUCUCUCCUCAGACUCUCUCUCCUCAGACUCUCUCUCCUCAGACUCUCUCUCCUCAGACUCUCUCUCCUCAGUCUCUCUCCUCAGACUCUCUCCUCAGACUCUCUCCUCAGACUCUCUCUCCUCAGUCUCUCUCUCCCUCAGUCUCUCUCUCCUCAGACUCUCUCUCCUCAGACUCUCUCUCCUCAGACUCUCUCCUCAGACUCUCUCCUCAGACUCUCUCCUCAGACUCUCUCCUCAGACUCUCUCCUCAGACUCUCUCUCCUCAGACUCUCUCUCCUCAGACUCUCUCUCCUCAGACUCUCUCCUCAGACUCUCUCUCCUCAGACUCUCUCCUCAGACUCUCUCUCCUCAGACUCUCUCUCCUCAGACUCUCUCUCCUCAGACUCUCUCUCCUCAGUCUCUCUCCUCAGACUCUCUCCUCAGACUCUCUCCUCAGACUCUCUCUCCUCAGUCUCUCUCUCCUCAGUCUCUCUCUCCUCAGACUCUCUCUCCUCAGACUCUCUCUCCUCAGACUCUCUCUCCUCAGACUCUCUCCUCAGACUCUCUCCUCAGACUCUCUCCUCAGACUCUCUCCUCAGACUCUCUCUCCUCAGACUCUCUCUCCUCAGACUCUCUCUCCUCAGACUCUCUCCUCAGACUCUCUCUCCUCAGACUCUCUCUCCUCAGACUCUCUCGUCAGACUCUCUCUCCUCAGACUCUCUCCUCAGACUCUCUCUCCUCAGACUCUCUCUCCUCAGACUCUCUCCUCAGACUUUCUCCUCAGACUCUCUCUCCUCAGACUCUCUCCUCAGUCUCUCUCUCCUCAGACUCUCUCCUCAGACUCUCUCCUCAGACCUCUCUCCUCAGACUCUCUCCUCAGACUCUCUCUCCUCAGACUCCUCAGACUCUCUCCUCAGACUCUCUCCUCAGACUCUCUCUCCUCAGACUCUCUCCUCAACUCUCUCUCCUCAGUCUCUCUCCUCAGACUCUCUCCUCAGACUCUCUCCUCAGACUCUCUCUCCUCAGACUCUCUCCUCAGACUCUCUCUCCUCAGACUCUCUCCUCAGACUCUCUCUCCUCAGUCUCUCUCCUCAGACUCUCUCCUCAGACUCUCUCUCCUCAGACUCUCUCCUCAGACUCUCUCCUCAGACUCUCUCUCCUCAGACUCUCUCUCCUCAGUCUCUCUCCUCAGACUCUCUCUCCUCAGACUUUCUCUCCUCAGACUCUCUCCUCAGACUCUCUCCUCAGACUCUCUCCUCAGACUCUCUCUCCUCAGACUCUCUCUCCUCAGACUCUCUCCUCAGACUCUCUCUCCUCAGACUCUCUCUCCUCAGACUCUCUCUCCUCAGACUCUCUCUCCUCAGACUCUCUCUCCUCAGACUCUCUCCUCAGUCUCUCUCCUCAGACUCUCUCUCCUCAGACUCUCUCUCCUCAGACUCUCUCUCCUCAGACUCUCUCCUCAGACUCUCUCCUCAGUCUCUCUCUCCUCAGACUCUCUCCUCAGACUCUCUCCUCAGACUCUCUCCUCAGUCUCUCUCUCCUCAGACUCUCUCCUCAGACUCUCUCUCCUCAGACUCUCUCCUCAGUCUCUCUCCUCAGACUCUCUCUCCUCAGACUCUCUCUCUUCAGACUCUCUCCUCAGACUCUCUCUCCUCAGACUCUCUCCUCAGACUCUCUCUCCUCAGACUCUCUCUCCUCAGACUCUCUCCUCAGACUCUCUCUCCUCAGACUCUCUCUCCUCAGACUCUCUCCUCAGACUCUCUCUCCUCAGACUCUCUCCUCAGACUCUCUCUCCUCAGACUCUCUCUCCUCAGACUCUCUCUCCUCAGACUCUCUCUCCUCAGACUCUCUCUCCUCAGUCUCUCUCUCCUCAGUCUCUCUCCUCAGACUCUCUCUCCUCAGACUCUCUCCUCAGACUCUCUCUCCUCAGACUCUCUCUCCUCAGUCUCUCUCCUCAGACUCUCUCCUCAGACUCUCUCCUCAGACUCUCUCUCCUCAGACUCUCUCCUCAGACUCUCUCUCCUCAGACUCUCUCCUCAGACUCUCUCUCCUCAGUCUCUCUCCUCAGACUCUCUCCUCAGACUCUCUCUCCUCAGACUCUCUCCUCAGACUCUCUCCUCAGACUCUCUCUCCUCAGACUCUCUCUCCUCAGACUCUCUCUCCUCAGUCUCUCUCCUCAGACUCUCUCUCCUCAGACUCUCUCUCCUCAGACUCUCUCCUCAGACUCUCUCCUCAGACUCUCUCCUCAGACUCUCUCUCCUCAGACUCUCUCCUCAGACUCUCUCUCCUCAGACUCUCUCUCCUCAGACUCUCUCUCCUCAGACUCUCUCUCCUCAGACUCUCUCUCCUCAGACUCUCUCCUCAGUCUCUCUCCUCAGACUCUCUCUCCUCAGACUCUCUCUCCUCAGACUCUCUCUCCUCAGACUCUCUCCUCAGACUCUCUCCUCAGACUCUCUCCUCAGACUCUCUCCUCAGUCUCUCUCCUCAGACUCUCUCUCCUCAGACUCUCUCUCCUCAGACUCUCUCCUCAGACCUCUCUCUCAGACUCUUCUCCUCAGACUCUCUCUCCUCAGACUCUCUCCUCAGACUCUCUCCUCAGACUCUCUCCUCAGACUCUCUCCUCAGACUCUCUCCUCAGACUCUCUCUCCUCAGACUCUCUCUCCUCAGACUCUCUCUCCUCAGACUCUCUCCUCAGACUCUCUCCUCAGACUCUCUCCUCAGACUCUCUCCUCAGACUCUCUCCUCAGACUCUCUCUCCUCAGACUCUCUCUCCUCAGACUCUCUCCUCAGACUUUCUCCUCAGACUCUCUCCUCAGACUCUCUCCUCAGACUCUCUCUCCUCAGACUCCUCAGACUCUCUCCUCAGACUCUCUCCUCAGUCUCUCUCCUCAGACUCUCUCCUCAGUCUCUCUCUCCUCAGACUCUCUCCUCAGACUCUCUCCUCAGACUCUCUCUCCUCAGACUCUCUCUCCUCAGACUCUCUCUCCUCAGACUCUCUCCUCAGACUCUCUCUCCUCAGACUCUCUCUCCUCAACUCUCUCCUCAGACUCUCUCCUCAGACUCUCUCCUCAGACUCUCUCCUCAGACUCUCUCUCCUCAGACUCUCUCUCCUCAGACUCUCUCCUCAGACUCUCUCUCCUCAGACUCUCUCCUCAGUCUCUCUCUCCUCAGACUCUCUCCUCAGACUCUCUCCUCAGACUUUCUCCUCAGACUCUCUCCUCAGACUCUCUCCUCAGACUCUCUCUCCUCAGACUCCUCAGACUCUCUCCUCAGACUCUCUCCUCAGACUCCUCAGACUCUCUCCUCAGACUCUCUCUCCUCAGACUCUCUCCUCAGACUCUCUCUCCUCAGACUCUCUCCUCAGACUCUCUCUCCUCAGACUCUCUCCUCAGUCUCUCUCCUCAGACUCUCUCUCCUCAGACUCUCUCUCCUCAGACUCUCUCCUCAGACUCUCUCUCCUCAGACUCUCUCUCCUCAGACUCUCUCCUCAGACUCUCUCUCCUCAGACUCUCUCCUCAGACUCUCUCUCCUCAGACUCUCUCUCCUCAGACUCUCUCUCUCUCCUCAGACUCUCUCUCCUCAGACUCUCUCUCCUCAGACUCUCUCUCCUCAGACUCUCUCCUCAGACUCUCUCCUCAGUCUCUCUCUCCUCAGACUCUCUCCUCAGACUCUCUCUCCUCAGACUCUCUCCUCAGUCUCUCUCCUCAGACUCUCUCUCCUCAGACUCUCUCUCUCAGACUCUCUCCUCAGACUCUCUCUCCUCAGACUCUCUCCUCAGACUCUCUCUCCUCAGACUCUCUCUCCUCAGACUCUCUCCUCAGACUCUCUCUCCUCAGACUCUCUCUCCUCAGACUCUCUCCUCAGACUCUCUCUCCUCAGACUCUCUCCUCAGACUCUCUCUCCUCAGACUCUCUCUCCUCAGACUCUCUCUCCUCAGACUCUCUCUCCUCAGACUCUCUCUCCUCAGACUCUCUCUCCUCAGUCUCUCUCCUCAGACUCUCUCUCCUCAGACUCUCUCCUCAGACUCUCUCUCCUCAGACUCUCUCUCCUCAGACUCUCUCCUCAGACUCUCUCCUCAGACUCUCUCCUCAGACUCUCUCUCCUCAGACUCUCUCCUCAGACUCUCUCUCCUCAGACUCUCUCCUCAGACUCUCUCCUCCUCAGUCUCUCUCCUCAGACUCUCUCCUCAGACUCUCUCUCCUCAGACUCUCUCCUCAGACUCUCUCCUCAGACUCUCUCUCUCCUCAGACUCUCUCUCCUCAGACUCUCUCUCCUCAGUCUCUCUCCUCAGACUCUCUCUCCUCAGACUCUCUCUCCUCAGACUCUCUCUCAGACUCUCUCCUCAGACUCUCUCCUCAGACUCUCUCUCCUCAGACUCUCUCUCCUCAGACUCUCUCUCAGACUCUCUCUCCUCAGACUCUCUCUCCUCAGCCUCCUCAGACUCUCUCCUCAGACUCUCUCUCCUCAGACUCUCUCCUCAGUCUCUCUCCUCAGACUCUCUCUCCUCAGACUCUCUCUCCUCAGACUCUCUCUCCUCAGACUCUCUCCUCAGACUCUCUCCUCAGACUCUCUCCUCAGACUCUCUCCUCAGUCUCUCUCCUCAGACUCUCUCUCCUCAGACUCUCUCUCCUCAGACUCUCUCCUCAGACUCUCUCUCCUCAGACUCUCUCUCCUCAGACUCUCUCUCCUCAGACUCUCUCCUCAGACUCUCUCCUCAGACUCUCUCCUCAGACUCUCUCCUCAGACUCUCUCUCCUCAGACUCUCUCUCCUCAGACUCUCUCUCCUCAGACUCUCUCUCCUCAGACUCUCUCCUCAGACUCUCUCCUCAGACUCUCUCCUCAGACUCUCUCCUCAGACUCUCUCUCCUCAGACUCUCUCUCCUCAGACUCUCUCCUCAGACUUUCUCCUCAGACUCUCUCCUCAGACUCUCUCCUCAGACUCUCUCUCCUCAGACUCCUCAGACUCUCUCCUCAGACUCUCUCCUCAGUCUCUCUCCUCAGACUCUCUCCUCAGUCUCUCUCUCCUCAGACUCUCUCCUCAGACUCUCUCCUCAGACUCUCUCUCCUCAGACUCUCUCUCCUCAGACUCUCUCUCCUCAGACUCUCUCCUCAGACUCUCUCUCCUCAGACUCUCUCUCCUCAGUCUCUCUCCUCAGACUCUCUCUCCUCAGACUCUCUCUCCUCAGACUCUCUCUCCUCAGACUCUCUCCUCAGACUCUCUCUCCUCAGACUCUCUCCUCAGACUCUCUCUCCUCAGACUCUCUCCUCAGACUCUCUCCUCAGACUCUCUCCUUAGACUCUCUCUCCUCAGACUCUCUCUCCUCAGACUCUCUCCUCAGACUCUCUCUCCUCAGACUCUCUCUCCUCAGACUCUCUCCUCAGACUCUCUCCUCAGACUCUCUCUCCUCAGACUCUCUCUCCUCAGACUCUCUCUCUCAGACUCUCUCUCCUCAGACUCUCUCCUCAGACUCUCUCCUCAGACUCUCUCUCCUCAGACUCUCUCCUCAGACUCUCUCUCCUCAGACUCUCUCUCCUCAGACUCUCUCUCCUCAGACUCUCUCCUCAGACUCUCUCUCCUCAGACUCUCUCUCCUCAGACUCUCUCUCCUCAGUCUCUCUCCUCAGACUCUCUCCUCAGACUCUCUCUCCUCAGACUCUCUCCUCAGUCUCUCUCUCCUCAGUCUCUGUCUCCUCAGACUCUCUCUCCUCAGACUCUCUCUCCUCAGACUCUCUCUCCUCAGACUCUCUCCUCAGACUCUCUCCUCAGACUCUCUCCUCAGACUCUCUCCUCAGACUCUCUCUCCUCAGACUCUCUCUCCUCAGACUCUCUCCUCAGACUCUCUCUCCUCAGACUCUCUCCUCAGUCUCUCUCUCCUCAGACUCUCUCCUCAGACUCUCUCCUCAGACUUUCUCCUCAGACUCUCUCCUCAGACUCUCUCCUCAGACUCUCUCUCCUCAGACUCCUCAGACUCUCUCCUCAGACUCUCUCCUCAGACUCCUCAGACUCUCUCCUCAGACUCUCUCUCCUCAGACUCUCUCCUCAGUCUCUCGCUCCUCAGACUCUCUCCUCAGACUCUCUCUCCUCAGACUCUCUCCUCAGUCUCUCUCCUCAGACUCUCUCUCCUCAGACUCUCUCUCCUCAGACUCUCUCCUCAGACUCUCUCUCCUCAGACUCUCUCUCCUCAGACUCUCUCCUCAGACUCUCUCUCCUCAGACUCUCUCUCCUCAGACUCUCUCUCCUCAGACUCUCUCUCCUCAGACUCUCUCUCCUCAGACUCUCUCUCCUCAGACUCUCUCUCCUCAGACUCUCUCUCCUCAGACUCUCUCUCCUCAGACUCUCUCUCCUCAGUCUCUCUCCUCAGACUCUCUGAUCAGACUCUCUCCUCAGACUCUCUCUCCUCAGACUCUCUCUCCUCAGACUCUCUCUCCUCAGUCUCUCUCCUCAGACUCUCUCCUCAGACUCUCUCCUCAGACUCUCUCUCCUCAGACUCUCUCCUCAGACUCUCUCUCCUCAGACUCUCUCCUCAGACUCUUUCCUCAACUCUCUCCUCAGACUCUCUCCUCAGACUCUCUCUCCUCAGACUCUCUCUCCUCAGACUCUCUCUCCUCAGACUCUCUCUCCUCAGACUCUCUCCUCAGACUCUCUCAGACCUCUCUCUCUCCUCUCUCCUCAGACUCUCUCUCCUCAGACUCUCUCUCCUCAGACUCUCUCUCCUCAGACUCUCUCCUCAGACUCUCUCUCCUCAGACUCUCUCUCCUCAGACUCUCUCUCCUCAGACUCUCUCUCCUCAGACUCUCUCUCCUCAGACUCUCUCCUCAGACUCUCUCCUCAGACUCUCUCCUCAGACUCUCUCCUCAGACUCUCUCUUCUCAGACUCUCUCUUCUCAGACUCUCUCUCCUCAGACUCUCUCCUCAGUCUCUCUCCUCAGACUCUCUCCUCAGACUCUCUCCUCAGACUCUCUCCUCAGACUCUCUCCUCAGACUCUCUCUCCUCAGACUCUCUCUCCUCAGACUCUCUCUCCUCAGACUCUCUCUCCUCAGACUCUCUCUCCUCAGACUCUCUCUCCUCAGACUCUCUCCUCAGACUCUCUCCUCAGACUCUCUCCUCUGACUCUCUCCUCUGACUCUCUCUCCUCAGACUCUCUCUCCUCAGACUCUCUCUCCUCAGACUCUCUCUCCUCAGACUCUCUCCUCAGACCUCUCUCCUCAGUCUCUCUCCUCAGACUCUCUCUCCUCAGACUCUCUCUCCUCAGUCUCUCUCCUCAGACUCUCUCCUCAGACUCUCUCUCCUCAGACUCUCUCUCCUCAGACUCUCUCCUCAGACUCUCUCUCCUCAGUCUCUCUCCUCUGACUCUCUCUCCUCUGACUCUCUCUCCUCAGACUCUCUCUCCUCAGACUCACUCCUCAGACUCUCUCCUCAGACUCUCUCCUCAGUCUCUCUCUCCUCAGACUCUCUCCUCAGACUCUCUCUCCUCAGUCUCUCUCCUCAGACUCUCUCUCCUCAGACUCUCUCCUCAGACUCUCUCCUCAGACUCUCUCUCCUCAGACUCUCUCUCCUCAGACUCUCUCCUCAGACUCUCUCUCCUCAGACUCUCUCUCCUCAGACUCUCUCUCCUCAGACUCUCUCUCCUCAGACUCUCUCCUCAGACUCUCUCUCCUCAGACUCUCUCCUCAGACUCUCUCCUCAGACUCUCUCUCCUCAGACUCUCUCUCCUCAGACUCUCUCCUCAGACUCUCUCCUCAGACUCUCUCCUCAGACUCUCUCCUCAGACUCUCUCCUCAGACUCUCUCUCCUCAGACUCUCUCUCCUCAGACUCUCUCUCCUCAGACUCUCUCUCCUCAGACUCUCUCUCCUCAGACUCUCUCUCCUCAGACUCUCUCCUCAGACUCUCUCCUCAGACUCUCUCCUCAGACUCUCUCUCCUCAGACUCUCUCUCCUCAGACUCUCUCCUCAGACUCUCUCCUCAGACUCUCUCCUCAGACUCUCUCUCCUCAGACUCUCUCCUCAGACUCUCUCUCCUCAGACUCUCUCCUCAGACUCUCUCUCCUCAGACUCUCUCCUCAGACUCUCUCCUCAGACUCUCUCUCCUCAGACUCUCUCCUCAGACUCUCUCUCCUCAGACUCUCUCCUCAGACUCUCUCCUCAGACUCUCUCCUCAGACUCUCUCCUCAGACUCUCUCCUCAGACUCUCUCUCCUCAGACUCUCUCCUCAGAUCUCUCUCCUCAGACUCUCUCCUCAGACUCUCUCUCUCUCCUCAGACUCUCUCCUCAGACUCUCUCCUCAGACUCUCUCUCCUCAGACUCUCUCCUCAGACUCUCUCCUCAGACUCUCUCCUCAGACUCUCUCUCCUCAGACUCUCUCUCCUCAGACUCUCUCCUCAGACUCUCUCUCCUCAGACUCUCUCCUCAGACUCUCUCCUCAGACUCUCUCCUCAGACUCUCUCCUCAGACUCUCUCUCCUCAGACUCUCUCCUCAGACUCUCUCCUCAGACUCUCUCCUCAGACUCUCUCUCCUCAGACUCUCUCUCCUCAGACUCUCUCCUCAGACUCUCUCUCAGACUCUCUCCUCAGACUCCUCUCUCCUCAGACUCUCUCCUCAGACUCUCUCUCCUCAGACUCUCUCUCCUCAGACUCUCUCUCCUCAGACUCUCUCUCAGACUCUCUCUCCUCUCUCCUCAGACUCUCUCUCCUCAGACUCUCUCUCCUCAGACUCUCUCUCCUCAGACUCUCUCUCCUCAGACUCUCUCUCCUCAGACUCUCUCCUCAGACUCUCUCUCCUCAGACUCUCUCUCCUCAGACUCUCUCUCCUCAGACUCUCUCUCCUCAGACUCUCUCUCCUCAGACUCUCUCUCCUCAGACUCUCUCUCCUCAGACUCUCUCUCCUCAACUCUCUCUCCUCAAACUCUCUCCUCAGACUCUCUCCUCAGUCUCUCUCCUCAGUCUCUCUCCUCAGUCUCUCUCCUCAGACUCUCUCCUCAGUCUCUCUCCUCAGUCUCUCUCCUCAGUCUCUCUCUCCUCAGACUCUCUCUCCUCAGACUCUCUCCUCAGACUCUCUCUCCUCAGACUCUCUCUCCUCAGACUCUCUCCUCAGACUCUCUCUCCUCAGACUCUCUCUCCUCAGACUCUCUCUCCUCAGACUCUCUCCUCAGACUCUCUCCUCAGACUCUCUCCUCAGACUCUCUCCUCAGACUCUCUCCUCAGACUCUCUCUCCUCAGACUCUCUCUCCUCAGACUCUCUCCUCAGACUCUCUCUCCUCAGACUCUCUCUCCUCAGACUCUCUCCCCAGACUCUCUACUCAGACUCUCUCCCCAGACUCUCUACUCAGACUCUCUCCUCAGACUCUCUCCUCAGACUCUCUCUCCUCAGACUCUCUCUCCUCAGACUCUCUCCUCAGACUCUCUCUCCUCAGACUCUCUCUCCUCAGACUCUCUCCUCAGACUCUCUCUCCUCAGACUCUCUCCUCAGACUCUCUCCUCAGACUCUCUCUCCUCAGACUCUCUCUCCUCAGACUCUCUCCUCAGACUCUCUCUCCUCAGACUUUCUCCUCAGACUCUCUCCUCAGACUCUUUCCGAUGACUCUCUCUCCUCAGACUCUCUCCUCAGUCUCUCUCCUCAGACCUCUCUCCUCAGACUCUCUCUCCUCAGACUCUCUCUCCUCAGACUCUCUCCUCAGACUCUCUCUCCUCAGACUCUCUCCUCAGACUCUCUCUCCUCAGACUCUCUCCUCAGUCUCUCUCCUCAGACCUCUCUCCUCAGACUCUCUCUCCUCAGACUCUCUCUCCUCAGACUCUCUCCUCAGACUCUCUCUCCUCAGACUCUCUCUCCUCAGACUCUCUCCUCAGACUCUCUCUCCUCAGACUCUCUUCUCAGACUCUCUCCUCAGACUCUCUCCUCAGACUCUCUCCUCAGACUCUCUCCUCAGACUCUCUCCUCAGACUCUCUCUCCUCAGACUCUCUCUCCUCAGACUCUCUCCUCAGACUCUCUUCUCAGACUCUCUCCUCAGACUCUCUCCUCAGACUCUCUCUCUCCUCAGACCUCUCUCCUCAGACUCUCUCCUCAGACUCUCUCCUCACUCUCUCCUCAGACUCUCUCUCCUCAGACUCUCUCUCCUCAACUCUCUCUCCUCAGACUCUCUCUCCUCAGACUCUCUCUCCUCAGACUCUCUCUCCUCAGACUCUCUCUCCUCAGACUCUCUCUCCUCAGACUCUCUCUCCUCAGACUCUCUCUCCUCAGACUCUCUCUCCUCAGACUCUCUCUCCUCAGACUCUCUCUCCUCAGACUCUCUCUCCUCAGACUCUCUCCUCAGACUCUCUCUCCUCAGACUCUCUCUCCUCAGACUCUCUCCUCAGACUCUCUCUCCUCAGACUCUCUCCUCAGACUCUCUCUCCUCAGACUCUCUCUCCUCAGACUCUCUCUCCUCAGACUCUCUCUCCUCAGACUCUCUCUCCUCAGUCUCUCUCUCCUCAGUCUCUCUCUCCUCAGACUCUCUCUCCUCAGACUCUCUCUCCUCAGACUCUCUCCUCAGACUCUCUCUCCUCAGACUCUCUCUCCUCAGACUCUCUCCUCAGACUCUCUCUCCUCAGACUCUCUCUCCUCAGACUCUCUCCUCAGACUCUCUCCUCAGACUCUCUCCUCAGACUCUCUCUCCUCAGACUCUCUCCUCAGACUCUCUCUCCUCAGACUCUCUCUCCUCAGACUCUCUCUCCUCAGACUCUCUCUCCUCAGACUCUCUCUCCUCAGACUCUCUCUCCUCAGACUCUCUCUCCUCAGACUCUCUCCUCAACUCACUCCUCAGACUCUCUCCUCAAACUCUCUCCUCAGACUCUCUCCUCAGACUCUCUCCUCAGUCUCUCUCCUCAGUCUCUCUCCUCAGACUCCUCCUCAGACGACUCUCUCUCCUCUGACUCUCUCUCCUCAGACUCUCUCUCCUCAGACUCUCUCUCCUCAGACUCUCUCCUCAGACUCUCUCCUCAGACUCUCUCUCCUCAAACUCUCUCCUCAGACUCUCUCCUCAGACUCUCUCCUCAGUCUCUCUCCUCAGUCUCUCUCCUCAGUCUCUCUCCUCAGACUCUCUCCUCAGUCUCUCUCCUCAGUCUCUCUCCUCUGACUCUCUCUCCUCAGACUCUCUCUCCUCAGACUCUCUCCUCAGCCUCACUCUCUCUCCUCAGACUCUCUCUCUCUCUCUCUCCUCCUCAGACUCUCUCUCCUCAGACUCUCUCUCCUCAGACUCUCUCUCUCUCUCCUCAGAUCUCCUCCUCUCUCUCCUCAGACUCUCUCUCCUCAGACUCUCUCCUCAGACUCUCUCCUCAGACUCUCUCCUCUCUUCCUCAGACUCUCUCCUCAGACCUCUCUCUCCUCAGACUCUCCCCUCCUCAGACUCUCUCUCCUCACGUUUGUAAGCGCUGCAUUAAAAAGAUGGACCAUCACUGUCCCUGGGUCAACAACUGUGUGGGAGAGAACAACCAGAAAUACUUUGUGCUUUUCACUAUGUACAUUGCUCUGAUCUCCUUCCACGCUCUCACUUUGGCGGCCUUCCAUUUUGUUUUCUGUUUUGAGCAAGACUGGGCGAGUAAGUCAUCUCCGUUUGCAGCCAUUCGUAUAAAACAAUUAUAA